GCAGAUCGUGGCGGAUCUUCAGACCCUGAGGCAGCAGCUGCACCUUCUCCUCUUUCUCCUCCUCUUCUUCCUCAACUCUUCGCCACAAGUCGGGCACCGAACAGCCGGUCCGUGGGGUGACAGACCCGGCGGGGAAACGUGCAACAUGCCCGCUGAGCAGCUUCAACCGGGCGCGGUGUCGGUUUUUCCACUUUUUGGGGAAUUUACGCGGACGAGCGGAGGAAGACUCCUGGUGGAUCCGAAGCGCAGAGAGCUGCUCGUGCGUUGAUUUAUAUCCCGGAGAUGCCAGUCAUCUCUCGCCUCCGUCCUCCUCUGGGUCAGAUCGGGAUGGAUGUGGCGCAGUGAGCCUGCGGAUAAUCACAGUUUGGACUUUUUGGUUACCCCUGCGCUCGCGGCUCUCCCUCAUGCAGCUCCUCCGGCUGGCCUGGGCUCUGACUGCCGCUGCGGUCUGCUUCCUCUUCCUCCUGGUCAUCCACAACCAGAUCCUGAGAGAAGGUCAGCUGGCGGCAGGGACCUGUGAGAUCGUCACUCUGGACCGGGACAGCAGCCAGCCGAGGAGGACCAUUGCUCGACAGACGGCCCGCUGCGCCUGCAGGAAGGGACAGAUCGCCGGGACGACACGAGCCAGACCGGCCUGCGUUGACGUUCGUAUCGUCUGGAGUCGACAGUGGUGUGAAAUGUCUCCGUGUUUGGACGAUGAAGGUUGUGAUCUCCUGGUCAAUCAGUCGGGCUGGACCUGCACGCAGCCAGGAGGCCGAGUCAAGACCACCACGGUCUCAUGACAGCGGCGGCAAGGACAGACGCUCCCCAGAGAAAGACUGGUUCCCAUCGGCCAUCACCCAUCAUCGCCAAGCGGAGCAGCAUCCGCCACCGCCACAGCUGCUGAUGACCAAUCAUCAGCCACUAAGAGCGAGGCAUUGGCACGUCCUGCUUCAUGCUUGGAGUGACUUGUGGAAGUUCUUCUUUCUGGGAAGAAAGUGACUCCAUUUGAUUUCGAGGAGAUUUGAAUUGCAGUGGAUUAUGACGAGCUGCUGGAUUGAUUUCUUUUGUUUGGCACAAAACUCUGUUUCAUUUUUACAGACCAAAGAUGAACAGAGCCAACAAUGAGACGGUUUAGAGGGGCAGAGACUUUUCAGAACCCCCCCUUCACCACCAUAUCCAUGUAAAGAAAUUAACACAUUGUGACAUUAUACAUUAAGUGACUUAACUGAGCAAAGUAAAACUGUACAUGAGUUAAUGAUAAAACAUGUGUCUGUAUGAGGACUGAUGAAGCUGGUGAUGUUUCUGUUAGGACAGAAAAGAUAAGUCGGGUGGAGAAGGUGAAAAAUCAUAUCAGUUUUUAUGAUAAGAGUAUAAAUCUUUUAGCAGAAACCUGAAGAAAUAUUUGAAAGAUUCAAUUAGAAGCAGUCUGGGAAAACUGUCAGUCAGCCAUGGCAGGAAAAACAACUAACACGCCAGGUGAAUGUACUUUUAUAGAAAACUAUGUACAUUUAACUAUUCGUACAGUUACACAAAGAUUGAACACAGACACUAAAUGAACCUCAGACAAUAACAUUUAUCAUAAAACUUUAUUUUGAUGUUUUUUUAAACAUGAAUAUUGUUUCACUGAAGUUGCUUUCACACCAAGUCACGUUUUAUUUGUACAGUUAUGCAUGUUACUAGUCAGCUGCUAGCCAAACAGCUGAUGAAUUAGCCGCUGAUGGUGAAGCAUGAAUGAAAUAGCCACAAUAUGAUGAAUGAAUUUAUCAAAAUAUAAAUUACAUAUAUUAUCAAUUAGUUUAAUCAUGCUUGCGGCGUGGCUCUAUGGAUGUUAGUUGGUCCACCACAACUAUUGGAUGUCUUCUCAUGAAGUUUAGUUUAGAUAUUCAUGGUCCCAGAUAAUUUAUUGAACUGACUGGCUAAGUAGUAAUUGUUAGCAUGCUAACAUACUAAACUACGAUGAUGAGUAAGGUAAACAAUAUACCUGCAACAUGUUAGCAUUGUAACUGUGAGCAUGCUAACAUUAGCCCUUAGCUCAAAGUAUCCAUGUGCCUAAUUACAGUCUCACAGAGCCGCUAGAAUGGAUGUAGACUAACAGCUGAAUUCCACUGGACACGGCGGCGUCAUUAUUUUGGCUGCGAGAUGGAUUUUUUCCACCCUCUGUGCAGCUUCAGAUUAAACUCAAAGUGUUUCAGGAGCAUUUUAGGAGUGGAGCAUUUUGCCUGCCGGACUUGUUAAUUUUUCCUUUUUGUGCUUCUACUAGCUCAGCUCCCUGCUACCCGGUUUAGUUCCGUCCUCCAAUUGUCUUCAUACCCUGCAGGGAACAUUUCAGAAGCAGAGCGAUUUUGCUGACUUGCUCAGAUGUUGAUUUGGUAAUUUGUUCUUGAUUUUGUCGUCUGUUUUAAAUUGUGUUUAUUGUUGAUAUCCAAUUGGGAGUCUGCACACGUUGUUUUAUUUUGUAAACUGACCAGAUUCUCUACAUCGUUUCUGUGUCUGACUUCCUGCCCGGUUUGAUAUGCUUCUGUCGCAUGCAGCAGAGCAGAGAGACACUUCUGAAACGCGCUGCGGCACAUCUGGUGGACUCACAAGCGUUGUCUAGUGGAAUUCAGCCUUUAGUGUGAGUUUAUUGAUGUAUGUCUCGUCUGUUGAGUUAAUAUCAAAUAACAAAUACACGGCUUCACAGUGGACAGAUGACAUCUCCAACUUUAAAAUAUUCUCCUAGAGGUUUGAUAUCAGUGUGCAAAGUUUCUACUUUUUAUCACAAAAACUGCAGAAUUCUUAAUGAUUUCUGACUCUUCUCCACCAGACUCCAUUAUGCAUCAUGGAUCAGAUUUUACAUUUUCCAGUGCCACUUUUGGACAUCAUGCAGUCAGCAUGGUAGGUUUUAAUGAAACAACAAGCAAACCAUUUCACAACAGAAGCCAAGCUGUCGUGUCUGUUUGGGGGGAGAGAAGCAUUAAAUGUAUUUUCAAAAGCCUAAAGUUCUAUAUUUAACAAUUUUAUAUGUUGUAUCUUUGUAGAAAUCCUUAUUUAACAUCAUUCUCAUGAAUUCACAGCCAGCUGCAGAAGUGAACACCACUGCUGUUCAAAGCGUUUCUGACAGUCGCACUGUUUCUCACCAGGUCGGAGAAAAAGUUUUUGAUACCACUUUCUUAUAAGUCACCCUUUAUGAAGCAUUUUUAAGUUGCAACUAAUGAUUUUAUUUAUUAUUAGGUAAUCAUUUAGUAAUGCUUUAUAGAUCAGUUACAAAUUAAUACCUAAACUUUUACUUAGCUAGUUAUGUCUGUAGUUACAAUUAUUAGUAAGUCAUUAAUAAAGAUUUCUUACAAUAAUCCAUUAAGUCCGCAGAAAAUAUAAAUAACUCUUUACCAAAAUGCCUGAGACCUGAAAUAAAUAGCUAAAAAGACAAAUCAAGUGUCAUGUUAGAGGGGGGUUGCAAAAGAUUAAUAGAUUAUUAACAUAAAUAAGUCAAGUCAUUAGUUACAACCUAUAAAUUGUUUUUUUGUGAGAAAGUGGCAUUGAAGUUUCCUCCAGUUAUUGUAGGUUAAGUACACCAAAUCCCAGAAUGCAGUGUGUCUGUAGGUCAUUGCCUUAUUCAUCUGCGUUUCCAUCAACUGGAGAGAUUAAUUCACCGUCUCUGUUUUGAUGCUCUGCCAGUAUGAACCAUAUUUUUCAUUAAACAGUAAACACAU